CUGACAUACGUAACAAAAAAUCUUUAUAAAUUCUGGUUUCUCCUCUAAGACCUAUCAUUCAAUGAAGAUGAAUUCACUUGUAAACAUUAUCCUACUCCUGACAGUAGCAGUGACUGUUGCACUUUGUGGCAACAUCGAUGGAUCAAUUGCACGUGUAAAACGACACCUUCAUCAUAUUAUUGAUGGAUCAUAUGCCACCAACUGUGAAUUUCCUUGGAUGGUGGCCCUGAUAAUUAAAACUGCAAAAGGAUAUUUUCUAUGCGGGGGAUCAAUUAUAGACAGCAAGCAUAUUCUCACAGCUGCCCAUUGUGUUGUUGGUGCCGAACAUGUGAAAGUUUCUGCUGGUGGAAAUAACAUAAACAACAUGAAAGAAACUAUGAUUGUCACCAAAGACAAUAUACACGCCAAUAAAAAGUACACGGGGCCACCUAAAUUUCAGAAUGAUGUAACAGUACUGACUUUGCCAAAAGCAAUAACAUUCAAUUCAUGUCGGCAACCGAUACCAAUGGCGCAGUACGGUGACAGCUUUACGCAGGAAUGUGUUAUUGCUGGUUGGGGUCAAACAGGAGCCGAUGCCUCUACAGCUAAGUUUUUGGAAACUGUGAAAGUAAAUCUCUACCUAUCGCAAGAAUGUAAAUCAUAUUACCCGUAUGUCACAGAUCAGCAAAUUUGUGCUGGGUCCGGAGUUAAAGGUGGCGCUGAAGCUUGUCAUGGAGAUUCUGGUGGCCCUUUGAUGUGUCGUCGAUCAUCUGAUGGAAAAUUAACUGUAGUUGGUACAACGUCGUAUGGUGCAGCUAAAUGCCAAAGUGGAAUGGCUGUGUAUGAGAAUGUAGCAUAUUUCCGGAAAUGGAUUCAGGAAAUGCGCGAAAUAUAGAGAGAACUUAUAUCGUCAACACGUUAUUAAUUCUUCAAGAUAUUACAAAACAGAUAUCAUAUUAAUAUGAACCAACGCUAUGGCAUGAGAUAUUAAUAAAAGUAUUAUUUCAUGAA